AUGUCCAACGAAGAAACCCAACCACCACGACAAAAAGCCAUCAUCGGCAACCUCAACCACGACUUCUGGAUCUACGACAGCGAAACAGGCUUCGACCUAACCCGUCCUCCACCCCCCUUCACAAACCCACGUCACAGCGCCAUCACAAUCCGCACAACUUCCUCCCCCAUCACAAUCACCCCCUCCAAAACCGCGCUAGUCAUAAUCGAUAUGCAAAACUUCUUCCUUUCGGAGGCCCUUGGUCGUCCUGCCGGCUCAAAAGGUCUGAAAGCUCAGGAGCAUUUACUCAGGUAUGCGGUUCCUGCUGCGAGAAAGGCCGGGGUUCAGGUUGUGUGGUUGAAUUGGGGGUUGAGGGAGGAGGAUCUGGAGAGGAUGCCGCCGGCGACGGUUAGGGCGUUUGGGUUUGGGGUUGUGGGAGUGGAGGAGUUUGAGAGGAUGGUGGUGGGGAAUGAGGUCGACAGUGAUAAUGGUAGGGGUUCUUCUGGUGGAGGGGUGCUGAAUAGAGAUUUAGGCAAGGAUGCGAGGAUAUAUAAAGGUCUUGGACAGGAUCUCGGAACAGUCACUUUGUUGGAUGGGACCGCCAUCUCGGCUGGUAGGAUGUUAAUGGCUGAUCAGUGGAAUGCGCAACUCUCCCCACCACUUCACGAGUCGUAUACCUCGUCUCUCGAGACUUCUCUUCCAGAUAUGAUCAUCGACAAAAAUCGGAUCAGUGGCAUGCAUCUCCCAGCUUCACCAGCUAGUUUGUACUUCCAAGAAAAGGACAUCAAGACGCUGAUCUUUGCAGGCGUGAACACAGAUCAGUGCGUGCUGGGAACGUUGGCGGAUGCGUAUUGUCAGGGUUAUGAUGUGGUUAUGUUGAGGGAUGGAUGUGCGACGACGAGUCCGGUGGGAGCCCAGGAGUGUGUGGAGAACAAUGUUGCGAAGACGAUGGGGUUUCUUAUUGAUUGUCAGUGGUUCGCGGAUGGGGUGGAAGAGUCAUUAGCAGGGAAGGAGACAUAG